AUGAACCACACACUGCGGAUCAUAGCAUGGAACGCCAACGGGUUAGUACAGCGCAGACAAGAACUUGAAGACCUUUUAUAUAUUGAAAACAUUGACAUAGCCCUUAUUUCGGAAANAUAUUCUAGUCGCGUUAACCAACGUAACGCUGACAUUAACAAAAAUCACAGCAAGAAUGGACAAAUUGGAAAUAAACCAGACAAAGUCCAAAAAUACCUCGCAGAAAAUAAAGAAAUGAACCACAUACUGCGGAUCAUAGCAUGGAACGCCAACGG